GCAGAGACACCAAAAUCAAUCCUGGCCGGUGCUUCUGCGAGAUAUCGCCGCACGAUUCCAGCCCUCGCUGCCGUUGCUCCAUUUUUCAUUGCAGACUUGCCUCGUCGGGAAUUGCUGGGUGGUCUCCUCCGAUGAGCUUUCCCAUUACAUUCCUGGUCUUGCAUAUCGAGGGAAAGCUUUACAGAAGCUGAACGCAUAUCUGUAGGACCAGAAACUUCCACCAGAGAGAGCGGUCCUAAAGCCCCACAUUCCCACCAUCUUCGUCCCCAAUUCCCGCUAAAUAUAUAACACCUGAAAUACUAUAAAAGGGCUUGCUCCUGAGACAAAUCAUAUAUCAGCCCGCCAUGACUUCGGCUCCUUCGAAGCUCUAUGCAGAUGAUGUUAGUCUUCUGGUGGUCUCAUUGGACACAAAUCCCUUCUUUUGGAGCGCAUUCUCUUUCCCAUUUUCCGAGUUUAUUUCACAUGUACUUGCAUUCUUGAAUUCAAUCCUACUUCUCAAUCAACUAAACCAAAUAGUUGUUAUUGCCACUGGAUGCAACUCAUGCAGCUACAUAUACGAUUCAUCUUCGGACAGCAACCACGGUUCGGAAACUGAAGGAAUGCCGGCACUUUAUUCUACCUUGUUGCAGAAAUUGGAGGAAUUUGUUGCAAAGGACGAGCAAUUGGGCAAGGCCCAAACACAAGGAGCCAUUGCUUCUUCACUGCUAUCAGGAUCGUUGUCUAUGGCUCUUUGUUAUAUACAGAGGAUUUUUCGCUCGGGACCCCUGCAUCCUCAACCUAGGAUUUUAUGUUUGCAAGGAUCUCCGGAUGGACCAGAACAGUAUGUGGCAGUCAUGAAUGGUAUAUUCUCUGCACAGCGUUCUACGGUUCCCAUCGAUUCUUGUUAUAUAGGAUCCAACAAUUCUGCAUUCCUCCAGCAGGCCUCAUACAUAACUGGUGGCAUAUAUUACCGGCCGCCCCAAUUAGAUGGUCUUUUUCAAUAUCUCUCAAUGGUUUUUGCAACUGACUUACAUUCUCGUGCAUUUCUACGUCUUCCUAAAUCUGUUGGUGUGGAUUUUCGUGCCUCGUGCUUCUGCCAUAAGCAAACAAUUGAUAUGGGUUAUGUAUGCUCUGUAUGCUUAUCCAUAUUCUGUGAGCAUCAUCAGAAGUGCUCAACCUGUGGGUCUGUAUUUGGUCAGUCACAAUCAGCAGCCAAUCGAUAAAGAAAAGCUUCAGAUGCGUGAUAUUACGAUUUUUUUUUUUUUUCCGCGCACCCAUCACAAAAGCUAAUAGGUUAGGGUGCUUUACUGUACCUCGUAGUGCA